AUGUUUCCGGUUUUGGCCCUCGCCAUCUUCUGCGGCCUCCUGGCCCAGAACACCCAAGGAUAUGCCAGCCCUCAGGCCAUUGUCAAUCUUGGACCAGAAAUGCUUCAGCGCCGUAAGUCAAGGGUUUGCACAAGGGGCUCUAGGGGGCUCUUCCCUGACCCUGCCUGGCGCUGCUUCCCUUUGCUUCAUUGAGCCAGACGGCACGUGGAUGCUCUGAACAUUGCAAUCCAAAGCCCGUUUUCUCUCCUCAUGUACAAGCCUCAGCCGAUACAAGUCUGUGCCCCUUAACCCUCAGCUUCCAAGCAGGAACUAAGAAGUGCCUGAGCCACUGGCUCCAUUCAUAUUCAGGAAUUGGCUGCAUUUAUUAGGAAAAGGAGGGACGCAGGUGGCACUGUGGGUUAAACCACAGAGCCUAGGACUUGCUAAUCAGAAGGUCGGCGGUUCGAAUCCCCGUGACGGGGUGAGCUCUCAUUGCUCGGUUCCUGCUCCUGCUAACCUAGCAGUUCGAAAGCACGAAGUGCAAGUAGAUAAAUAGGUACCACUCCGGUGGGAAGGUAAACGGCGUUUCCAUGCGCUGCUCUCAUUCACCAGAAGCGGCUUAGUCCUGCUGACCACAUGACCCGGAAGCUGUACGCCGGCUCCCUCGGCCAAUAAAGUGAGAUGAGCGCCGCAACCCCAGAGUCGGCCACGACUGGACCUAAUGGUCAGGGGUCCCUUUACCUUUUUACUUUUAUUAGGAAAAGAACUUCCUUCUUUUGCGUUGUAUACCUGACUGUUGGCUGUAGACAUAGGUAAUUUUCAUUUGAGCAACGAUGGUUAAAUUGUCCCUUUCCUCUCCUUUUUAAACUGCUUGGUCUACACAAGAGGGUGGCGUUCCCCUCUCUAAAAAGUUUGGCAAGCGCCGCUCUAGAUUCUCAAGCCCAUAAGCAGAAUAGUCCCUCUGACCCCAUCAAUCUCUAACCUGCCCUUUUCACAUUGGCUUUCAGUGAUUUCCCAUCGGUUGGACAGCCAGGCUCUGGUCGGCCGUCUCCAGAAUUUGCCCCUCCAGAGCAUCUUGCAAGGUGGUUCCGGCGGAUUGCUGGGCCUGGGAAACCUCCCCGUCCUCGGAGGCUUGGUGGAUGGGCUUCUGGGCAACAUCUUGGGGUGAGCUGUGGGAUGUGACAGCCGGAAUCUGGAGUGCGCUACUGAAAAAAGACAGCUUAAAAGGUUGCACCUUCUCUGCAAGGUCCAGAGUUGGGCAACAGGAGAACAGGCCUUUUCUGUGGUGGCUCCCCAUGUGUGGGAUGUCCUUGAGGCACCAGGCAAAAGCAUAAUUCUUUACCCAGGACUUCAACCCUUAAAUACCGUAUUUUUUGCUCUAUAAGACUCAUUUUUUCCCUCCUAAAAAGUAAGGUGAAAUGUGUGUGCCUCUUAUGGAGCGAGUGCAGGCUGCGCAACUAUUACAGAAGCCAAAACAGCAAGAGGGAUUGCUGCUUUCACUGCGCAGCGAUCCCUCUUGCUGUUCUGGCUUCUGAGAUUCAGAAUAUUUUUUUUCUUGUUUUCCUCCUCCAAAAACUAGGUGUGUCUUGUGGUCUGGUGUGUCUUAUAGAGCGAAAAAUAUGGUAAUCUAUGCUCUGUUAAAGCUGGGGACACGGGGGACCGGUGUUAUGAUUUUAUUAUUAUGCCGUCUGUUAUUACGCUGUUUAUUAUGCUUUAUUUCUGUGCUCCGUAAAAUACGUUCUAAAUGUUGUGCCCUUGCCAUUCUGAACAGGGUGAAGAUCAGAAACAUAGAGCUUCUCCGACUCGACAUCCGUUUGGAUGAGGUAGCAAAGCACAUUAUUGUGACCGUCCCAGCAGAUGUGGAGAUUGAAAUAAAUCUGUGAGUGCUUCCCCGCGGUUCUUAAAGGGUGGCUGGGUGGAACAGGACACAGGUGGGCUGAUAGGGGAGCCUGGAUUUCAAAAAACGCUGUAAGAUCAGUGCAUUCCAACACAGAAAGGUUUGUGGAUUCCGUCCCUUGUUGUUGUUGUUUAGUAGUGUCCGACUCUUCGUGACCCCCUGGACCACAGCACGCCAGGCACUCCUGUCUUCCACUGUCUUCCGCUGUCUCUCUCACCCCCCUAUGUGGAAAGAUAAGAGGGACAGUAUGCCCCCCAUCCAAUGUUUUCCCCACCACAAGUGAAAAACAGUAGAGGCAGAGCGAAGGAGUCUGGGAUGUUGUUGUUGUUUAGUCCUUUAGUCACGUCCGCCUCUUCAUGACCCCCUGGACCAGAGCAUGCCAGGCACUCCUGUCUUCCACUGCCUCCCACAGUUUGGUCAAACUCAUGUUGGUCGCUUCUGUAACACUGUCCCACCAUCUCGUCCUCUGUCGUCCCCUUCUCCUUGUGCCCUCCAUCUUUCCCAACAUCAGGGUCUUUUCUAGGGAGUCUUCUCUUCUCAUGAGGUGGCCAAAGUCUUGGAGCCUCAGCUUCACGAUCUGUCCUUCCAGUGAGCACUCAGGGCUGAUUUCCAGCAGAAUGGAGAGGUUUGAUCUUCUUGCAGUCCAUGAGACUCUCAAGAGUCUCCUCCAGCACCAGAAUUCAAAAGCAUCCAUUCUUCGGCCAUCAGCCUUCUUUAUAGUCCAGCUCUCACUCCUCACUUCCAUAUGUCACUAUUUCCGUCCCUAAGACCUUGCAAAGCGCCCAUCACCAAGGAUGAAGAGGAACCUAAGGAGCUGUCGUGUACCAUUGACCCACCAGUCUACACUGGCUGGCAGCAGCAAUGGCUCUCCAGGUUGCAGACAGCGGCUGCCUCCCAGGCCUGCCUGGAUUGAGCCUUCUGCAUGCGGAGCAGGUAUCCCCCCACUGAGCUACCCUUUGGGUCACAAGCCAAAAGAAGCAAGCCAAGUUUGCUCUGGAGGACACAGCUGUACCAGGAGAAGGUCUCCCAGUUGUGCUGCAAGGGAAACGGUGUGCUUUGUCAAAUGUCUAGAUUUUAGAGAAUCUUAGCAGAGUUGGAAGGUACCCAAGGGUCAUCUAGACCAACCCCCACAAAGCAGGAAUUGCAACAAGUGCAUUCCUGACAGAUGGCCAUCGGAGGUGGUGUCUUACCUAAAGUAUGUAUUAACGCCCAUUUCCUUCCCCGUUUUUAGGCCACUCAGUUUAGGCAGGCUCCUUCACGUCAAGCUGUACCUGGACAUCCAGGUUGCUGUUCGAAUCCUGACAGACCCAGUGAGCGGCCAUGUGAAACUGGUUGUUGGGAAUUGCCACAAUAACCCUGGCCACCUUAGAAUCACCCUCCUCAACAAGUGAGUAUGGAGUCAUAGAACUGGAUAGAUGCCAAUCCUUUUGGAUCAAGAAGGAGACUGGGAGGAAAGGCUGUGGCCUUCAAGAUCACAGAAAUGUUGAGCUGGAAGGGCUCUCUCGUUCGGCCCCCUGCAAUGCAGGAAUCAAGGACUCCUCUGUUCCUUUCUGCAUCAGUUGCCUUAGAUCAUGGGUAGGCAAACUAAGGCCCGGUGACCGGAUCUGGCCCAGUCGCCUUCUAAAUCCGGCCCGCAUACGGUCCAGGAAUCAGCGUGUUUUUACAUGAGUAGAAUGUGUCCUUUUAUUUAAAAUGCAUCUCUGGGUUAUUUGUGGGGCAUAGGAAUCGUUCUUCUUUUUUCCAAAAUAUAGUCUGGCCCCCCACAAGUUCUGCGGGACAGUGGACUGGCCCCCUGCUGAAAAAGUUUGCUGACCCCUGCCUUAGAUAGCCACUCCUCUCUGCCUAACAAUAGAGCCGGGGCUGUUCUGUCCCCGCCGCCGCCGCCCCCUAUCACAGGGCAAAUAUGACCAUGGGGGGGGGGUCCCUGCUGAACUCACACAGAGGCUCCUUGGGCAGUGCAGAAUCCCGACCACACAGACUCCCUGCUGCAGAUGUUUGCAGAGGGCUGUGGGGACUGACCCCCCUGGUGUGACAGAGGGGUGAGAGCAGCGCACAUGUCCCUGCCCUGACACGUUCUCCCUUUGUUCCAGCAAAGGACCUCUUCUCCAGACCGUCAAUAACCUCCUGCGAGCAGUGACCGACAUUCUGGAAAAGACGGUUCCCCAUCUGCUGCAGAAAGAGGUGAGUCGUGUGCUGCUUCCUUCUGGUCCGCUUGCGGGGCACAAAGGCCAGUGGUCCUCCUGGGGUCUGGCUUGCUGAGAUGCUCCUGAACUGCGCAUGAGAGCAACACACAUGCAGACACACUCCAUUGUGAGCCCCUGAGAAUGACUCCUCUCCCUUGUCAAUCACCUGAGUGGUUUUCUUUUUCCCCUGCUUUGUUUUUUUGGCAGCUCUGCCCACUUGUCAACAUGCUGCUAGAAGAUGUGCUGAAUUUGCUCCAAGGUGAGAAUCUUCCCCAGGGUUCCUCUGCAUUUGUCUCCUCUGUCUCCCUUUCUGUCUUUCCUUAUCCCCAAGCACUUCUGCCCGAAAGUGUUGUGGAAGACAGAGGCCACAGUCACAUAAUAAUAAUAAUAAUAAUAAUAAUAAUAAUAAUAAUAAUUUAUUUAUACCCUGCCCAUCUGGCUGGGCCCCCCCUGCCACUCUGGGCGGCUUCCAAUAAAAUAUUAAAAUGCAAAACCUAUUAAACAUUAAAAGCUUCCCUAAACAGGACUGCCUACAGAUGCCUUCUAAAAGUCUGGUACUUGUUCUUCUCUUUGACAUCGAGUGGGAGGGCGUUCCACAGGGCUGGGGCCACUGCCAAGAAGGCCCUCUGCCUGGUUCCCUGUAACUUGGCUUCGGUCCAGUAUCCCUGAAGGAGUGUCUCCACCUCCAUCGUUCUGCCUGGACACUGAGGUCCAGCGCUGAGGGCCUUCUGGUGGUUCUCUCGCUGCGAGAAGCAAAGCUACGGGGAACCAGGCAGAGGGCCUUCUUGGUAGUGGCACUGUUUAGGGAAGCUCUGUAGCAGUAGCUCUGUUUAGGGAAGUUUUUAAUACAGUGGUACCUCGGAUUAAGUACUUAAUUCGUUCUGGAGGUCUGUUCUUAACCUGAAACUGUUCUUAACCUGAAGCACCACUUUAGCUAAUGGGGCCUCCUGCUGCCGCCGCGCGAUUUCUGUUCUCAUCCUGAAGCAAAGUUCUUAACCCGAGGUAAUAUUUCUGGGUUAACAGAGUCUGUAACCUGAAGCAUCUGUAACCUGAGGUACCACUGUAUUUAAUGCUGUAUUGUGUUUUACACUUGAUUGGGAGUCACCCAGAGUGGCUGGGGAAACUCAGCCAGAUGGGCGGGGUAUAAAUAAUAAAUUGUUGUUGUUGUUGUUGUUGAACAACAGAGCAGGCAGCAACAAGAAACUCUGGACUCCAUCCACACACUGCGAAAUUGGUUCGCUUCCACCAGCCUUGCCUGCAUUGCAUUCCCCCCCCCCGCAGCCCUCCCCUGUGUUGACGAUUUCUCCCUCUGCCCUUCUCCCCCAGGCUCCUCGUCCUCCUAUGUGCACGGAGACAUGAUCCAGCUGCGACCCUCAUCCACCUCUCUCCGCAACGGAGUCAUGCAAAUUGGCUAUGAAGUAAAUCAGGGCUGGUUACUGCCGGGGGGCGGGGAGGCCAGGAGCGUCUCGCCAGGAGGGGUCCAGGAGGUGGCCCUCAAUGCAGUUCUCCCCCUGGGACCUUUGCUUUUUCCUCCAUGUUGCUUUGUUAAUCUAUAUCUUUUGAAUCAUAAAAAAAUGUAAUGCCCUGUGGGGAUUUGAGCCCUGAUCUCCUUGGCCCAUGUUCAACAGAGGAUGUGGGUUAUGCUGGCCUCAAUCUAACUAGUUGUAGCUGUCACUCAACCACUUUGAUUGGCAUAACUGGCGCUGUUAGAGGUGCUGUGUAAGACCCUUUCCACGUGGGUAAGAACUCAAUCUUUCAGCGUAGCCGCACCUACACUUUGGAACUCCCUUCCUAUUGAUGCCAGACAGGCACUUUCACUGUACAUUUUUGGGUGCCUGCUAAAAGCAUUCUUGGGGACGCGGGUGGCGCUGUGGGUUAAACCACAGAGCCUAGGGCUUGCUGAUCAGAAGGUCAGUGGUUCGAAUCCCCGCAACGGGCUGAGCUCCUGUUGCUUGGUCCCUGCUCCUGCCCAGCUGGCAGUUCGAAAGCACGUCAAAGUGCAAGUAGAUAAAUAGGUACCACUCCAGCGGGAAGGUAAAUGGCGUUUCCGUGCACUGCUCUGGUUUGCCAGAAGCGGCUUAGUCAUGCUGGCCACAUGACCCGGAAGCUGUACGCCUGCUCCCUCGGCCAGUAAAGCGAGAUGAGCACCGCAACCCCAGAGUCGGCCACGACUGGACCUAAUGGUCAGGGGUCCCUUUACCUUUACCUAAAAACAUUCUUGUUUAGACAAGCCUGCCCAGAAAGGAAACUUAAGUCUACUGUUGUUUUAACUUUCCAAAAACCUUAAAUUAUCAUUGUUCGUUUUCUUAUUGUUUUACUUUUUCCGCAGUCAAACAGUGCGUAAUUUUUUAAUGAAAUGAAUGCAUAAAAUAAACCUCUCUGCCCUGACUUCUCUGUUGGAGACAGUGUGCCUCUCAAUGCCCAUUGUGGGAAUCACAAGUGGGGAGAGUCUGGCUGUUGCACUAAGAACCUAAGAAGGGCUGGUUGCUGGAUCAGGCCAAUGGGGGCCCAUCUAGCCCAGGAUCCUGUUCUCACAGGGGCCAACCGGAUGCCUCAAAAGGAAAACCGCAAGCAGGAUCUGUGCGUAAGAGUAACACUCUCCCUUACCUUCUGAAUGCUAUUCAGAAACAUUCCUGGAAAGCUUGCAUUGCUGCAAAAGUUGGGGUCCCCUCUACACCUCCUGGCAGUUUAUAACCAUGUAUAGAAUGCCCAAAUUUGGAGAAUGAACUUGCAAUUCAUGUGUCGGGGUUAGGCCCGCUUGGACUGGGCUCAGAUAGAUCCUGUUUGCUCUUCUGUCUUGUCUUUCCUUUCUAGGGCACCGUCCGCCUGCCUGGAGGGCAGAACUACAUCGUCCCCUCUGGCACCGCCCCCCUUCCCCAUGCGCCCCUUGGCGACGCUCCCAUGAACAUGCUCCUCAGCGACCACCUGCUGAGCGCGAUGCUCAGAGCUUUCUUGACUCCAAGGGCUAUAAACAUCCACAGUCCACAGGAGGUAUGAGUUCAUUUUAGCAUUUCAACAUUUUAAAUGCAUUGCAGUCGUACCUUGGAAGUCAAUGGAAUCCGUUCCGGAAGUCCGUUCGACUUCCAAAAUGUUUGCUUGGGUUUUUCAGCCACACAGGUUAUAGCAAGCAAUUGUGAAAUAUACUCGGAGUCAAGAGUGGAUUUCAUGCUCUUUAUUCAGGUCAUAGUGGUGAGGAGGAAUGGAAGUUCCCCCAGAAUGUCUGCUUUAUAUACAUUAUUUACACAAUGGGCCCCACAUGAUUGGCUAAUUCCAGGAUUAACCUGUAGGCCAAUCAGGUUGCGGAUUCACUUCCACCUGGAGCUGGAUUGGGAGGUUCCUGUGGACCAAUCAGACUGCUGCAUUCUGGACCGUAUUGUUCCAGGACCAAUCAGACUGCUGCAUUUUGGAUCCUAUUCAACUCAGUACAUAACUGAAGAGUUAUGUAAUAUGCAGAAUAGCUAGGGGUGAACCAAUGGAGGAAAAAACUGAAUAAUAUUAUAAUUUUAGAAUACCUAACUAUGAAGAAACAUAGAAUGAAAGGGUUUAAGGUCAGUGAGAAAGAGAAGGGUUGGUUUGAGAAGAUAUUGAAUUAUUUGGGUAGGUUUGAACAAUUUGGGGCAAUUAAAAUGUUAAAAGUUCAAUAAACCUUGUGGAGGGAGAAGUGUUAUGAUAUAUAGAAGUGUACAUAUGGUUGAUUUGAAUAUUUUAUUAUUGAAUAUUAUCGAAUAUGUAUAUUAUUAAAUAUGUAUAUUAUUGAAUAUGUAUACCCAAUGUAUCAGCCGCCUGACACUAUUUGUGUUUUGGUGGUUGGUAAAAAAUAAAAUAUUAAGAAAAAAAAGUUUGAAAACCAAAUCGCGGCUUCUGAUUGGCUGCAGGAAGCCCCUGCAGCCGAUCAGAAGCCAUGGAAGCCCCGUCAGUCGUUUGGGUUCCAAAAGAGCAUUCGCAAACCAGAACAAUCACUUCCAGGUUUGCCAAAACGUCUGAGUUUCAGGGCGUUCGGAAUCCAAGAUACAACUGUAUUGGGAAACAGGUGUUGAUGGAUAGCUUGAAGACACCUCGAAGCUUAAGCCCUUUCAAGGCAGAGAUUUGGGUGCAACUUUGCCAAAUUCACUACUGAAUCUCAACGUAAUCCAAUCUUUGUGUGUCGCAUGGCAAGUCGAAAUUGAUCAGUAUUUCCCAGACAAAGGUGUGACUCACCUACUUCUGCUUGUCCCAUGGCGAGGAAGCGCAAGUCUGAGCAGCUUUCCAGGCAUGGAUCCGAGUGGUUUUGCUUUCCCCCACUUCUUUCCCCCUAACAACCCAAACUUUAGCACUAAAUUGGAGCAAACGACAAUCUGGAGAAAACCUAAUUGAUGUUUGCUCCAAUUCAGCGCUAAAAAUUAGGUUUUCCCAGGGGAAAGCAGUGGGGGAAAUGGAAGCAUGGAUGAAGCCCCAGGAUGCAGCUCCCACUUAUCUCAAGCCUAUACAUGCUGAAAAUUGUGUGUUUUAAGAGAGAAUGCCUUCAAACUACAAAUUUAGCUUAUUAGUCGCCCUUGUUUUUGUCAAUGCAACCCAAAGGGACUUACAACAAUAAAUAUAUAACAUACAUUAAAACUAUUGCUAUGGGGCCAAGUUCAAGGUGAUACGUAUAGAGCCCUUACAACAACUUGGGACCAGUUUACCUACAAGAUCGCUUUGCCCCAUAUGCUCCCAUCUGAUCACUUCAAUCCGGGGAGAAUAGGCCCUAUUAUGGGUGCCACAUAAAUUUUUGUUAUGUGUUAUCUUAAAAUAUUCGUCCCAUCCCCCAAAAUAAAAACGAGUUCCCUCGUCUGGGUUAAUCUUAGCUUUGAAGGAGAAAAACCGAGAAUAUAAACUCUUUCUUCUUCUUUCCGUUUCUUCAAAGAUUACUGCAUUCAGUCGACAGAUGGCAGCUCUGUCUGGUUUUAAGGUCAGUAUUUUUUAAGAUCCAUCAUUUCUAGCCUCCCUCUGCCAAUAAAUGAUGUAUGUAUGCAUGUAUAUGCAUAUUAUUACUUCUACUGUGGCAGGACCUUUGGAACUCCCCGCCUAUUGACACCAAUCAGGUGGGGGGUUUUUUUGCAAUGCCUAUCCAGAUGGAAAGCGGCAAGGAUUUUCAUCUGUAUGUAGUUUAUUUGCAUCUUAAUUAUUUGCAAUCUUAAUUAUUAUUUGCAUGUUAUAAAUAGCUGCUUUUAAUCAUUUCACAGGUCCUUUUACUGCUUUGUUGUUUUCUGCAAGCUGCUUUGAGGAUAUUCUUUGCAACCAAGUGGUAUAAAAAUGUUAUGAAAUCAAUCAAUCAAUCAAUCAAUCAAAUACUCUGCAGGGCUUGAUGCAUAGUCAUAAUAUUUAUGGAGCGAAGUGCUAAGUGAGAGUCUCUUUGAAGCCUGAUUGUGCUCAGGGGUCUCCUCUUCAUGUCUUGGAUCCUUGCAGGGCGCAAUACGAGCCUUGCAAGUCUCCUACGGGGCUCCUGUCCUCGCCAUGACCGUAGGAAGGAUCGAGGUGAAGCAGAAUAUCGACGUCAAGGUGUACAGCGGCCGGCAUCUCUUCACUGUCCGUGCUGUAAGUAGCUGGGACACCAAAAUAUAAUAAUAAUAAUAAUAAUAAUAAUAAUAAUAAUAAUAAUAUAUGGGCCUGCCGGGCUCAGGGCAGCUAACACCAAUAAAAUCACAGUAAAAACAUAAUAGGGGAAGGCGGGGGGAAACGCCUGCAACCCCACCUCCUCCAUAGGGCGGAAGUGGCUUUGCAAAAAGCCCACCUGGAUCAGACCAAAGGGACUGUGUAGCUCAGCAUCCUGUUUCUCCCAGAGGCCACAGAGAUGCUCCCAUGAAGCCCCGAAGCAAACCAUCCCAGGAAUUCCCCUUUUCCCCAAGGUUCAUUUCAGAAUGCAGCAGCAUUUCAAGUUAACAGCAAUCUUCUUUUCAAUCACAGACGGUGACUUCGCUUGGUGCUGUUUCUGUGGCCGGAGGGAGCCUGAGACUCACUCUUCACCUUGAAGGGUAAAGAACACCCCCCCCCCCCAUUUAUUUUGCAACACAGGAACAUAAAAAGAGCCUGCGCUGGGGAAGGAAGCUCAGAUCAGUCGCAUUACCGUGCAAUAUUGGGGGUGCCUUGAAAUCAGCCGCCCUGCUCUCCCUCACGCAAAGAGCGAUAUAUUGCUGCGUAUUGCCGGGUCAAAAGCGUUACAGUGGUACCUCUGGUUGCGAACGGGUUCCGUUCCGGAGCCCCGUUCACAACAGGAGCAGAACGCAACCCGCGUCUGCACGUCUGCGCAUGCGCGGGUCGCGAUUCACCACUUCUGCGCAUGUGCGUGACAUCAUUUUGAGCGCAUGCACGAGCUGCGAAACCCGGAAGUAACCCAUUCCGGUACUUCAGGGUCUCUGCGGGACGCAAACUGAAAACACUCAACCUGAAGCAAACGCAACACGAGGUAUGACUGUAUUGCGUUAUGUGAUUUCAAAAGUGAUUUUGGCCAAUAUAUUGAAAAACCGCACAGCACUAAAACAGACCAUACAAUUUGUGAUAUUACCAUGCCAAACUGGGGGGGGGGGAAUAGUUGGGGGGAGGCAAGGGAUGGGGCCGCAGACCCCCCUGCGGACCCCUAAUUGGGAACCACUGCUCCAAAGGCUAGAAGGGGAAUGGGACUUGGGGGGGCAGAAAUCCACUCUGACUCCAGCAGGAGCCUCUCACUGGAGGCCAGCUCCCUCUGCAGCCAGAAGGAAUUUUGGGGAUGCGUCCAAGGGAACGGGGGCAAUUGACAGGCCCCCAGCUGGCUCAAGCCCACCGGCCGGCAGCCGGGCGAUCUCGGGUCCUUGGAUCAGCAAGUAAACUGCGAGUUGAGCCUCAGAAACCUUCAGAGGUUGACCAUGCAAGCCAGCAGAGAAAAUAACUCUUUGCAACAGAAGGGCAGAGAGAGGCUGUGCAAAGCGUAUUUACAGGCAUUUGAUUCAGCAUCAGGACAAAAGGGAAAACAUGUCUGCUCCCCUUCAUGUCCAAGCAAAAGGGCAUAAGCAAAAGCUAUGCACAAGACAGAAGUUCCCAGCAAGCUGUGCUAGAGAGUAAACAGACAUGUGACAUACAACAAUCCACACAUCUGUUUUAAGGUGGAAUGGAACAUCAAUAUCCUAACUGGAAUAUCAUCAUAGAAUUGUAGAUUUGGACUAGUUGGUUUAAAUACAACAUUUCAGGUUGUUGCUCAGAUGCAACAGAGCCGUUCCUUAGCAAAGAGAAACUUUUGGCCAAAACACGUGUUUUUUUUGUGUGUGUUUUUUUAAAAAAAAUCUCCUGUUUUAUUGUUUCUUUUCAGGAUUGACAAUCUCUCCUUGAUCAACUCUUCAGUUGGAAACUUUGAUGUAAGUAGCAUAUCCCAAGAAAGCAGUGGCUAAGCCUGUAAACUAGGAAAGUCUUACCUCAGCCCCAAGCUUAGUAAACCUCCAGCUUCCCAUUCCAAUUGUGCCUCCUACAAAUAGGCUGGGGGAUGUUGGGGGUUCACUUUUGCUCAGCUCUAGAGGAGAGCUGUCCUGUUCUGUGCAAGGGAAAAGGAAAUUCCCUUUGGGGGUUCAAGGGCAGAGGCUCAGUCGAGAUUCCUGGUUAGCCAGACUUUAUUCAGUAACGCAUUACAGGGUGGAAUAGAGUCAUAUAAAAAAUGCCGUGAAAAUGCUUUUUUAAAAAAACGUUUUGAAAAAUAUAUUGAAUCUGCCAUAGCUCACCAUCGCCAUCUAGUGUCACAUUUGUAUAAUGCACAUUAAAAAGGUAAAGGGGCCCCUGACCAUUAGGUCCAGUCGUGGCUGACUCCGGGGUUGCGGCGCUCAUCUCGCUUUAUUGGCCGAGUGAGCCGGCGUACAGCUUCCGGGUCAUGUGGCCAGCAUGACUAAGCCGCUUCUGGCAAACCAGAGCAGCGCACGGAAACGCCGUUUCCCUUCCCACCGGAGCGGUACCUAUUUAUCUACUUGCACUUUGAUGUGCUUUCGAACAGAUAGGUGGGCAAGAGCAGGGACCAAGCAACGGGAGCUCACCCUGUUGCGGGGAUUCGAACUGCCAACCUUCUGAUCGGCAAGUCCCAGGCUCUGUGGUUUAACCCACAGCGCCACCCAGGUCCCAUAAUGCACAUUACAACACACUUUAAACAUUUUAUUUGCAGCUGUAUAGCUGAGUCCCAGGACAGAGUCGAAACAGUCUGCAAGAGCUUUCCAUUGUGACACAUUAUAUUGGAAGGAGUGUCAUCUAGGUUGUUCCAUCUUUUCCCCAACCAUCUCUCAUCCAACCACAGUCCUUUUUAUUUUUACUGUACAUGCAGAGCCUUCCUUGCUCCAUAACUGGAGCAGAUUUUCACUCUCAGCUUUGGGCACCUCCUGAACUGGUUCUUGCUGUGGUCCGGUCUCUCCCUUGUGUGCAUGAAGCUGGCCUCACUGAUAAUUCUUUUUUUGCAGAAAUUUUACCUUACGGGACACCCCUUUGCAGAGGGUGUGUGUGUGCCCUUUGCAGGUUGGAGGGGCUGCGUUUAAAUUACUGUGGUUUGUUUGUUUUGCACAGCUUAAGAACUGCUUCCCAGCAGUGAAUAAUAAUAAACAUACAUUAAAACCGUUCUAUCCGUCCAUGCAAAUGUUUGGAAAUGCUUUUUGACAUUUAAAUUGAAUAUCUCUAGAAACACAAGCAUGAUCAGCAAUGCAGCAGCAAAGUUGUGAUGGAGAUGAAAACUUGCUUCCCGGGCUUCCGGGUUGGCGCCUCCGACAAUGGCGGAGCUCCUCCGAUCGGGAGGAACUUGCUCCGUGAAAAGCAGGGUCUGGCCGCCACGGCGAAGGCGGGGACCCAUUGAAAUCACAAGCAGGAGAAGCUUGUGAACCUGGGAUUCGGCUGGCACCUUUUGCGCCUCCCCUACUCACGGGGAAACCUGGUUUCGGGGAUCCGGAGCAACGUGGGGUGAGCGGCGUGGUGCUUCGAACUGACUGCUUCUUUCACAGAGGGAAGCCGCAUUGCUGUUGCCGGAGAGCGCUGACUUUUUUCUGUGGACAAUCGGAUUUUAAACAACUACCCGUGAGUAGAACGGAAAAUUGGAUCUUUAAAUACCUUAAUUUGGCACCGAAACGGGGAAGGUCUUAAACAGGAAGUCCGCCUUCCCCUUUUUGUAAAUAGAUUGAAGCAAAGACGUUAUAAGCUAAAGUCUUUGAAAGCUUUUGGCAAGGGAUUAAAUUUUCAUCGGUUAAAGCUACAGAGCCCCCCUUGGAAGCAGGAGAAGAGGGGGGAGAUUUUGGACUUAGUGAGCCUGCAGGAGAGAGUGAAAAACCAAAUUACCACUGCCCCAAACCUGGUAAGGGCUGCCAGAAAGAGUGAAGUUUUGGGAGAGUUCAUUGACUGUGAACAAAACAUUUUUGACAGCUAGUUAAAUAAGAAAAAGAUACUGUUUCCAUUGUUCCCUCCUGCGCUUAAAAAGGAGGAAAAGUAAUUGGAAACUGAAACUAUUUUCAUGGCUUGAAUUGUGUCUGAAAGGAUUGAUAUAAGUGGAGACUGUUUCCCUCUAGAGGGAGUUUUUGAAACUGUCACAGGAGUGCAACUGGGGAAUUACCAGCUGCAGAUAAGUAAUCAUGAGAACUAGAGAUUGACCUUGGACCACUCAAAAUGUUGACAGGAGAAGCCAUUGUGAUGGUAUUAUGCAAGAUAAGCUACUCGCUGGAACAGCUUCAUAAGAAGACAGAUGACAUGUCUUUUAAAAUUGACAAUUUGGAUCAAAAAGUGACUAAUUGGAGUCAAAAAGUGAGCACCAACACAGAAAUAAUUCAGGACUUGGUACAAGAAUCUACUUUGGAAGGACAAAUUGUGGAGGAGAAAGAGAAAGCGGUGGUCGUUGAGUCUAAAGUAAUACAAGCGGGAUCCUCAGUCUUACAGAAGCAAAUUGAGGAUUACAAAUUGAGGCCUUCUAUGAUUGAAUCCAGAAAAAGCCAGAUUUUGAGGAUUGGAUCCCGGCCUGAACGGAAGAAGGAAAGUUGGAAGGAUCCCUCUAUGCAGAGAUCAAUUGACUUUUGGGACAUGGACUUGGGUCUGGAGGAGAUUGGAGUUCUGGGGGCCUUUGGAUCCGGAGGAAUUUUGAAACAUGUCAUGAAACAUCUUAUAGACCUCAGCUUCAACUAUGGAAAUUUGGCUGACCUGCCUGGAAGGAAUAAAAGCAUUGUUAGGUUGGAGUCUUCCCGAGAUCUGCUCUUUGGCAUUAAAGAAUAUGAAAAAGACCCGCAGAAGGGACCUGGAAAAGAGUUAAGAGCCUCGGACAUAAGCUCUCCAGGUUGAUGGACUAUAUGGAAUUGACGGAAAGGACUGGCAGAAUCCGAAACCAGGGAGAGGAGAUGGUGGAAGAAGAUUAGAUAAUUUAAAGUUUAUAAAUAGUAAUAUUGUAAAAUUAAUGAAUGAUAGAAAAAUGAUGGAAAGAAAUUUUAUGGCCUUAGCAGAAAUGUUAUAAGGAGUUAAGCAUAUAUAAGUAUUUUAGUUUUAAUGACAAAAAAUAUGUUAAGAUAUUUAUAAUAUGACAGAAAAUAGAGAAAGAUGGAAAGGAUUUGCUGAAACAAUUAAUAGAAGUGGAAUACAAAAAGGGAGGUGAGAGGAAGUCGAGGAAACAAGGGAAUGAAUGAUAGAGUAUGGAAAAAGUGUGAUGUAUGUUUUUAAAUGGUUAUUGUUUUGUUUUGUUUAGGGUUAAGGUGGGUUAGGGUUUUGUUUAGUGUAGUUUAAUAUGUUUAGGUUGUGUUUUGUAUUGUUUAUAUAUUGUAUUGUAUUUUUUUUCUCUUUUUUAUGUUUUUUCUCUUUUCUCUUUUCUCUUUUUCUUUUCUUUUUCUGUAACUUUUAAAAGCAAUAAAUAUUAUUUGAAAAAAAAGGAAAAAAAAGAAAACUUGCUUCCCAAUUAACUGAGGGACCUUUUUUCCCCUGUUGUUGUCAUCAUCUGACCUCCCCUGUUUUGCUUUCUGAAAUAUACUCGGAGUCGAGAGUGGAUUUCAUGCUCUUUAUUCAGCUCAUAGCAGUGAGGAGGAAUGGAAGUUCCCCCAGAAUAUCUGCUUUAUAUACAUUAUUUACACAAUGGGCCCCCCGGGAUUGGCUAAUUCCGGGAUUCUCCUGUAGGCCAACCAGGUUGUGGAUUCACUUCCACCUGGAGCUGGAUUGGGUGUCUCCUGUGGACCAAUCAGACUACUGCGUUUUGGAUCCUAUUGUUCUAGGACCAAUCAGACUGCUGCAAUUUGGAUCCUAUUCAACUCAGUACUUAACACUUUCCUUCCUUCAUUUGUGUUUCAGGUGCAGCACUUGACGGGCGCAAUUUCACACCUGGUGUCUGGCUUCCUUUUACCACAUCAGAACCGUAAGGACGAGCGGUGGCAGGUUGGGAGGGAAGGGAGGCAAUCUAUACUGCACAGGGUCCAGCGAUGAUCUUCCCUGUCUUGCUGCUGGGGCCUGGCCACCCGGGGGGGUCGUUCACUGGACUGCUGCAUGAUGUCCACAGCCAUGGAAAACAUGAAGUCACUUUGAUUCCUAUGCACAAAGACAGAUGUGCACAUCAGUCCAACGCUGCCAGGUGAAAAGUCUCCAGAACAGGGCAGGGAAAUGCAGCUGUUUUCUAGACAGGCUUCAGGAAUUGCAUUGUAUGAACUUGCCUGAACCAACACUUCUGGACUCAAGUGCAGGUUGAAAUUUAAGGAAUGUCCCACCACUUUCUCCCAGGAAAACCUGCUCUUUACUGCCAAAUUAGAGCAAACAUCAGUCAGUUUUUCUGUGAAUUGAGGUUUGUUCUGAUUCAGUGCUAAAGAGUGGGGUUUGCCAGGAAAGUGGACGGGCAAAGGCAACACCGCUCAGAAAAGUGCUUGGCCCCCUGCUUUCUAGGCAAGGGACUAACAGAAGUAAGGAGGAGCCCAUACUUAGUCUCCAGAUUUGGCACUUACUGAAUGUUGCGCUGCAAUUCCUGGCUCAAAAUGUGCUUGAAAUGCAUCCAGAAAUACAUACAUUGCCAGAAUUAUUUUUUUGCAGACUUCAAAUUUAUUUUUUAUUUUUUUUGCAGAUGAAUGCACAGACAGAAUAGUCUUAUGAAGGAACACACAUGAAUAUAUAUAUAUAUAAUUAAUUAAUAUAAUUAAUAUAAAAAUGGCACAGAGGAGUAAUAGAUUGAUUUGCCCCUUCUCCCAAUCUUCAUCCUCCUCUCUCUUUCCUUGGGGCAUUGACUUUUUGAUCAGGUUGCCUGUUAAAUCAUUCUGAUUAAAAAUAAUAAUUAUCACAGUGCCCCUGGCUGUUCAGUCAUAUCAUUUGACUGAUCUGUGGCCCUGCUAACAAAGGUUUAUUUAUUUCAUGAAAUUUGCAAAUUGCUUGAUAGUACCAAAACAAACAGACAGACAGAAAGCUCACCCUGUGUCCAAUGCAAUGUGUGAAAAGGGCGAUUGCAUCUGUUCUCUUUCAUGUCCCCAGCACUCAUGAGAUUUUUCUCUUUCAGAUUUGCUGGCAGAAGGCUUCCCGUUGCCUCUGGUGCAACAGCUUGGCAUCGACCAUCUCAAUGCUGCCCCUGGCCAGGUAAGGAUGCUCUAGUCCAGUGGUCCCCAAACUUUUCCACCCCCUUGGUUCCAUAAGGACCCCUGCCCUGUAAAAAGCAUUAUCCAGAACAGCGGUUUGCACAACCCACUAAGGAAGAUAAUAACAGAAGAAAAUUCGAAACGGCAACAAUUAUCCAUUGACACACACUAUAUUCAAAAUCCAAUGGUUCUACUAAUUCCAAAAAAAAUGAUGAAUCGAGUGAUGCCAGCUUCUCAAAGUCUGUUAGUCAUUUAAACAUUUCUCUUUUUUAAAGGGAAAUUCCCUUAUUCCUAAUAGGAUUCCUUACAAGAAAAGGGAAAAGUUGACAGCUAUGCAUUUAAAUCUCCAGCGCCUUGUGGAGCAAAACGGCUGUGAGCUGCUCUUGGGAACCCACAUGCCAUAGCCAAGAAGAAAACAGGCUUGAAAUUGUGGCCAGUAAUAUCCAAGGCAACAUGAUGACCAAAUGCAAUGAUACAAUAUCAAUAGACACUCUUUAUAUAAUAUGAAAUAUAUGAAAUCACAUAAACAUAAAACUUGUGAAUCUCUGAAAGUCACCAAAUAUGCAUUCUUAAUGCAAUGUACCAGAUUCUUAUCUGGUGAAAACAGGUUUAGAGAUUUGUUUAUGGUGUCCAACACCGCUGAAGUAGUUCGCAAACAGACGUUGUGAACAGUGAUUCUGGAUAUACCCACUGAUACAUUGCUUCUUUCAGAGACUUGCAUAGUCUUCAAAGACUUUCAGAGACUUAUAAGACUUAGGAUUAUUUAGUUUUAUGUUUUCAAGAGAAUCCAUUAAGAGUGCAUAUUUUGUGACUUUCAGAGAUUCAUAAGUUUUCUGUUUAUGUGAUUUCAUAUAUUUCAUAUUAUAUAAAGAGCGUACAGUUGUAUCUCGGGUUACAUACACUUCAGGUUACAUACGCUUCAGGUUACAGACUCCACUAACCCAGAAAUAGUACCUCGGGUUAAGAACUUUGCUUCAGGAUGAGAACAGAAAUUGCGGUGUGAUGGCAGCGGGAGGCCCCCUAAGCUAAAGUGGUACCUCAGGUUAAGAACAGUUUCAGGUUAAGUACGGACCUCCGGAACGAAUUAAGUACUUAACCUGAGGUACCACUGUAUAUUGAUAUCGUAUCAUUGUAUUUGGUCAUCGUGUUGCCUUGGAUAUUACUGGCUAUUGUUUGCAACACAGGGGUUAAAUUGUUUGGUUACUUGAAAUUAUGGCCAGCAUUAACGCGACUGUCUUCCUUUUCACAGAACGCUCUUCUGCUCUUCGCUCCCCCACUGGCUUCCUGAAUGUGGGGGUCAAGAUCCUCACCUGAAUCGAGGGAAGGAUCCUGGAACAAAAUGGAUAACGCUGCUGCUGCUGCUUCCCUUCCCUUCCCCCUUUACGCCUCUGCUUUCGUAGGAUUGUAGGAUGGGAAGAGACCCCGAGGGUCAUCUAGUCCACCCCCUGCAAUGCACGGGUCACAACUGAAGCACCCCUGACGGGCAGAGCUUUGGACCUCUGGAGCCUGUGACAUCCCUUGGCUCUCUGCUUCAGGGGCUCGAAAGCAGCAAUGGAUCCUUUGCAACGCGAUUUCCGGAGCUAGAUUUGCCUCCUUCCAUUUGGGAAUGGCACAAAUGUCAAAGCUAAAAGUGUUGGCACCUGAGUCUUGAGACCACGGGAAAUCCCGUAAGGCUGGAGUCAAAUCUGCCUCUUGGGAAACCUUGCCUUGAAUGUCUGUUGUUUGAAAGCAGUGGAGUGUUUGGCCCAGAGUCUUUUUGCAGGGUUCCCUCUGUGGAUUGCUAAGAUGUUCUGCUUGCUUAUCUUGCCUUGAUAAUAAAACAUUUCUCUUCAC